GCCGGUUCUAUAUCAACUUUUUCUUUGUAAUCUACACCAUUUCGUCAACGCGCUGCUACCGCCGACAGUUGUGGCGAGCUAGCUGAACGCGAUAGGCUUGUGGACGUGAUUUGUGUAUAGUUUUUCUCACUAACAAGUUGGAAUAUCUGUUCAAUACGUAGCCUUAUCAUGCUACUCACUGCCCACCACCAACAGAAGCAGCAGCAGACCGGAAGUUGGUCGAUGAAGUGGAUCAAAUUCUUCCUCUUCAUGACCAAUGUGAUGUUCGUUUUCGUAGGAGUGCUCGUAAUUUCGACGGGAGCCGCAGUGCGAUCGGUUUACAGUGAUUUCACCGCAUUCGUUGAUGAGCAGUUCUACUCGCCGGCUUGUAUGUUCAUCGUAGUGGGCGUGAUAACGGUUGCCAUUGCGACGUUCGGAUUUAUUGGUACAAUCCGGGAGAGCUCCCUGCUGAUCAAUAUCUAUUGUGGAUUACUGUCGGUCGUCUUUCUGCUGGAAGUCACGGCAACUCUGGUGGGAGUGCAUCAUCGUCACGAGGUCAAUGGAUUUUUGAGGCAAAGCUUGAACAGCUCUCUGCAGCGAUAUCCAUGGAAUAGCCAUAUACAGAAAUCGGUGGAUUUUAUGCAAAUUGAGUUGGGAUGCUGUGGCGUGGACAGCUACCAGGACUGGGAGGACGUAUUUGCCGUGGUAGAUUUGGACAAUGGCGACGUCAUGGCUGAGCUUCCGGCAUCGUGCUGCCGGGAAUACCUGGAUGGAGACUGCAUUCCGCAUCAGGCCGGUUGCUUUCCGACAAUGUACGCUCUUUUGAGGCAUUGCUCCAAAACGGUUUUCAGUGGACUGCUGCUGGUUUCAACUGUACAGAUAUUGGCGGCCUUGUUUGCUUUCAUCCUCGGACAACGGAUAAGACUGGUCAAAACACGGUCGUCGUUGGAUGCUCUCAAAUACAAGACGACCGUUGGUGCCUUCGACUACAGACGACUGGCGGAGCUAUCCAUCGAGAAACCCAAAAGCUUAGAUGUGUAAAUUUACGUAUUAAGAAUUUAUUCACAAUAAUAAAACCUUAGUCACCAAAAAA